CGUGGCUACAGGUUUAUUGCUGGUUGCAAGUGGUUGCCUAUCCAUCUUACACCUAUAACGCUACAAUCUGCUGUUCGCGCCUUUGGGAAAUAAUUGAACGUUGUCCUUAGCGCUUACGGCCCAACAGUUCAAGUCAUCGGCAUAUCGGCAUCCCGUUCUUUCCGACCGUCAGAUUAUAUACUACUAGUGUCGCAGGACCCUCAGUUUGUAGCAUUCCGACCACACCUGAGGGAAUAUUUGCAACAGAGUCGCGCAAUCAUGGACAUACCUCUUACCACUCCCGAAGUACCGCCACAAUUCCUCAAGUCGGCGUUUCUCGUCGGACACAUCCCCCAGCGCACUCUGGCAGCUGAACCGCGCGUGUCCUACACUCUCUACAUCCCUCCCACACAUUACAAUCCAGACCCCAACGGCGCCUCUCAAGAAAGCCCUUAUGACAAACCCAAGCUUUCCUUGCUAGUCAAUAUUCAUGGUACCAGCCGCAACAGCUCCAUCCGACCUGAGCAGGCCUCCUUUGCGGAAUCCACUCCCUGUGCCAUUCUUGCCCCGCUUUUCCCCGCGAACAUCGAUGGGCCCAAUGAUCUCGACUCAUACAAGGUGCUGCGUUCAGCGACAUUGCGCUCUGAUCUUGCGCUUCUGGCAAUUCUAGAUGAGGUGGCCACUGUAUGGCCUGGCAUUUACACAGAGAAGGUCUUCUUAGCGGGGUUUUCUGGUGGAGGGCAAUUUGCGCAUCGGUUUCUCUACGUGCACCCGGAGCGAUUAGCGGCCGUGAGCGUCGGUGCGCCGGGAAAGGUGACAAUGCUUGAUGAGCAACGGGCAUGGCCGAGUGGGAUUGCUAAUUUCCAGGAGGUGUUCGGUAAAGGGCUAGACAAGGAUAUGAUGAGAAAUGUGCAGAUUCAGCUUGUCAUUGGAAGUGAAGACGUGAAGGUCCAUGGAGGAAAGGAGUUCUCGGAGUGGGCGAAGAAAGUGAUGGCCCAACGAAUGGCUAUGGAAAAGGCAUCCGAGAAGGACAGUGGCAAAGAGAAGAUGGGAAAGCGGGAGGUGGUGAUGAUGGACCAGGGACGAUCGCAGUCGCUACAGCAGUUGCAGAGCAGCUGGCAGGUAGACGGUAUUGAGGCCCAGUUAGACGUGGUGGAUGGAGUAGCACAUAGCUCGUUAGGAGUGCAGGAGUGUGUAUUGAGCUAUCUGCAGCCACUGAUGCAAAAGCGCGGCUGAAGCUGGAUGGCAAAAUGGAAUUACCAAUGUAAAAGGUGGGAUAUUACCG